AUAGCCCCCAAAGGCCACAUGGACACCAUGGUGCUGCAGGUGCGGCGCAGCCUCGCCUUCCUGGUGGAGCAGUACCCUGGAAUCAGAGACAUUUACCUGUGCGGACACUCAGCAGGGGCACACCUGGCAGCCAUGGUGCUGUCCAUGGACUGGACGGAAUUCCGAGUGGUGCCAAAUAUCAAAGGAGCAGUGUUGGUGAGUGGUGUGUAUGACCUGGAGCCCAUUCUGCACACCUACGUGAAUGAUGCAUUGAACAUGAGCCGGGAGGUGGCCCAGAGGAACAGCCCCAUGCAGCACAUCGCCCCGGCAGCACCAGCAGCCUGGGAGGUGCUCGUGGCUGUGGCGCAGGACGCCACCCCGGCCCUGCGUGCAGGUGGCUGGUCUGUGUCCCUGCUGGACCUGGCCGGUGUGGAUCACUUUGAUGUCAUUGAGAAGCUGUCGGAGGACAGCUAUAUCCUCACUCAGCACAGGGCAGUCACUGCCUCAGACCGCCUGGUACCCCCUCUGCUCAACCCAGCCUAG